AUGCAGCGUGGGGUGACGGUCCAGAAGACCCGGAAUGACAAGAAAUCGGCAAACCCAUGCAGACGCAGGAGCCACAGUCUGUGGCUUUUGGUUGCCUGUCUCCUGAGACCGUCAAGUGACUUUACGAUCCAAAGUCCCUCAGCCGACAGGUGUUUGCACUGCGGCCGCUUCAGUCGAGAAAGUGACGUGGAUGAAAGUUCGAGCACGUCCUCCCCAGCAGAGCGCUUCUCAGACAUGGCAGCAGCUCUGGGCUACACCACCGGGAAGACCAGCCAGGCCUCUGUGCCACAAGCCCCGGCAGCUGUAGAGGUGCCGCUGAAAUUCGCCUUGGGCGUGGAACUACUCAUGGAGCAUGCUGCAAACUACACCGCGCACGAGAAGAAUGAGAAGGCUUUGGCCACCCUGGCACCAGCUGAGCGGAUGUUGGAAGUGGCCGGAAGCCCUCCAGAUCUGGCUUCUGGCUUCUACAUGCAGUACGGCGCCACCUACGCCAGUCUUUGCCGCUUCGGAGAGGCCUUGCAGGAGUACAGCAAAGCCUGGGAGAUACUCGAGAAGUACAACUCCACAGCGACACUCGAUGCCUGCACCCUGUCUUUCGACAUGGCCAUCGCAGCAGCUGGACUCCGAAGAACACAGGAUUCCCAGAGACACUUUGAGAAGGCGAGCGAAAUCCUGGAUCGGACGGCGUCUGGAAACUUGAAGCUCACCUGGUCACAUAAACUGCGGAAUCUGCGAAGCAUGAGUUGCAUCGAAGAUGGCAUAUAUCCCCUGCAGCAAGCUUGGAAGGUCCUUCGUGAAGCUGAUGCCAGCGAGACCCUGGAGUCAGCAGAGCUGCUGCAUCACCUGGGUGCUUUGCAUUACUACCUGGCUGCAUACCCCAAGGCGGCCUUCUAUUUCGACAUGGCGCGAGAGCGGCACCAAGCUCAUGGAGAUCUGUCGGGCAUGAUGCGACUGGCCUGGCUCAGUGUCGUGACCACGGUCCGAGGCUAUAUUUGGAAUGCAGAGCAGUGGCUGUAUCCUUGA